AUGCAUUUUCUUACGAAGCUUCUUCUCUGCGCGCUAAUAGGAUUCAGCUUUGCAUUUCGUAAACAGGGGGUAGCCGUCAAAGGACGGCUUAUGUGUGGAGGAAUACCCCUGAGAAAUGCCAAAGUGAAAAUUUACGAUUUGGACAGGAAUCCCGGAGACAGUGACGAUUUAUUGGAUGAGAAUUUUACCGACAAGGAUGGCCGGUUUGCCCUAACUGGUACGACUCGUGAAUUGACCGACAUCGAACCAGUACUCUACAUUUAUCAUGACUGUGAGGAUGGAAUAAGACCAUGCCAGAAACGAAUCACCGUCGAUGUGCCAAAGCGCUUCAUUCAUAGAGGAAGGCCAACAGAUUGGAUGGAUGUGGGAACGAUGGAACUCUCUAUGACGUAUCCUAAUCAAGAUCGUAGUUGUGACAACUGA